UUUAACAUGGCUAAACGACAAGGAAAAAAAGAAAUUGCAGUGCGCGAAGAAGAAGAGAAGCAUAUAGAACAGAUGAAAAUGGAAGUAGAGGAUGAAAUAUCCAAGCUCCCUCAAAACAAUCCUUCAAAGUGCGAAGGUCUCAUUCGAAGGUUGCACAAAAAAGUAAAUGCUCUUAAAAAGCAAGACGUCAAAAAUGAUCUCCUAAAUCAGCUAAGAUCUGCUUCAUGUUAUGGAUUAGAACCAGAACUCAAAGAUAUGAUGGAGAAAAAUGGUUUGGAGUUAGAAGGACUUGAACUUGUGGUACACUACCUAACAAACAAGGCAGAACUUGCAAGAUACUUCCACCUCAAUCCUCAGGAGGUUGUGGUCAAGGACGGCCUGAGUGUCAUAAAAAGACGAGUUGGACCAAGUCUGGAAGUGCUUGGUGGCUUGAGCUCCAAGGGAAUUGAUGUUGAACAAGAUUGGGUCAAGUGGUUGGUUGGAAAGGCUCCAUCUCUCGAGGCGCUCGGUCGUAUCUCCGCUGAAGACCUUGAUGCUCUUAAAGCUAAUACUGGAGAAAAAAACGAAGUUAGGCGCCUGUUUAAAGCUGAAUUGAAUAACACUGAACGUUCUGAAGCUGAAAAAUCUGGCGAAGAGAAGAAAGCUAUUGAUGAAGAAAAGCUAGAAAAGGCUAAGGCUCUGAUGAAAGAGGCAAGUGAAAAGGCAAAAGAGGAGUCAGAGCAAGCAAAAAAAGCAGUAAGUGAGAAGAUGGCUGAAAUUGGAAAAAUCCUCCAGCUGCCACCUGAUUGGAAUAAACAGGAGAGUGGAAAGGAACCUGACGAACUGUUGACGCACUUAAAUCAAGUAAUUGAACAGUUCGAAAACACUGUAGAAGUCAGUGAAAGUUACAAAAGCGACCUCGAAAUAGUUAAGAAAGCCAGUGGAGGCCGAGCGCUCUGUGGAAUCUAUCACUCAGCGUACAACCCGCCAAAAACGGCGGAACGACCUCUCAUCCUUAUGCCCACAGAGGUAACACUGGGUAGCCCUAACAACUCUCAGCAGAUCAAUUACUUGAAGUUCUCUGAAAGCAUGGCUGCCUCAAAGUAUGCCCACGCCGUAAAAUCGUCAAGCACUAAUAUUGGGUUCAGUGUCGGCGGUUUUGUGGGGCUCUUCGUUGGAGAAGCUCAUGGUAGUUACGCCUCCAGUUCCGAAAGUCAAGGGACAAGUUCAGUAAAGGAGAAAACCAGUAGCGUCUCUGUACUGCAAUAUGUUUGGAUUGCAACCAAGACCUUUAAACUAGAGCAAGAGCAGAUGAGGCUGUCCAUGAGUGCAAGAAAUAUGGCAAGAUCCAUUAUGAAAGCCUCUGAUCCCAGUGCAGCAGCUCGUCGAUUCAUGAAUCGCUACGGAAGUCACUUUCCAGCAGGCCUGCACUCACUUGGUGGUGUCCUCUUUCGGAUUGUAGACGCCGAGAGCAGUGCAGAAAUAGAAACGUCUGUCUUCACGGAGAAAGCGGCGAAGGAGCUUCAAGGUCAAAUAUCGGUUGGCUUCCUUGGAGGAGCAUUUGGAAUCGGAGCCAGCAUAAGCGGCGGACACAGUAAUACUAGCGGUGAGCUACAAGCAGAAGAGAAAAAAGCUGAAGCUGCUUCUUAUAGGUACUCCUUCCAGGCCAUGGGUCCAGCAGCCACAAACCCUACUACGUUCACUAAGUUGCUGGCUAACAACUCAACUUGGGCUUUAAUUGAUCGUGGUAGCCCUCUGGCUUACAUACCAGUUUGGGAACUGUUAACAGACCUUGGUGACCCUGCAUUCAACAUGGCAGCCGGAGUCCUAGAAGAGACUUGGAAAAAAGACGAGUUGAAGAAAAGUAAGAAGAUUGCUCGCGCUGAAUUCAAAAUAUCAGAGAUCAUAAGGGAAGAACUAGAAACGCUGGCAAAUAGUUACAUAAACAAGGAACCAGAUCCGAAGGGUUUUGGACAUAGGCCGAAAAAUGCUGUUCAGCUGUCCAAGUUCCAGGAAAUCAACUUGUCGCGUGAAAGUGCCUACACCAAAGCUGUGGAUAUCAUUAUGGAAGAUCCAAGGUACCGUAUUUGCGAAAUUUCUUGGUGUGGUGGAGAUUUGUACACUUUGUGUUGUUGGCAGGCAGCAGAAAAUUUAGAAAUGACCUACCAAACAGUCGAUGGAGAACAUGUCCUGCUUUACAGUGAAGCGCUAUUCCGGUGGAAAGAUUUAGUUCCACCUCAGGAGUAAAAGGUAUUGUUACCAAAUUGAGGCUUAGAGUAAUCAAGCAGGUUGAUACUGGUCAUAGUGCUCUUAUCCUAAAGAAAUACAAGUAACACAUCUACCGCCUUUUUAGUACUUCCAUCACUUUCUGAUCCUUCAUCAAAAUGGCGACCAAAGUAGAAAUUUAUUCAUGUAAUAUUAGCCUCAGAGCUAGGAAUGCAGAAAGUGUUCAACAUUUGGAUCAAAACUACUGUGGACAAUCUGAGUGUUUCCAAUAUCAAAAGACUCUAUAAUGACCCUCCCUCCCCCGAAAAAAAAAGGGUAGGUUAAUAUUCUGAAUUUGAAUGAUAUUUUCUUGGCUGAAACUACACUUGACUAAAUGAAACUUUGUAAGAUUACAAAAUAAGAUUAUAAAAUGAUAGGUACCCAUUGUGAGAUCGGUUUGAUUUUCCAGCAAAUUUUAAUUAUUUCAGGCUUCACAUUUGGCAGCUAUUUUGGGUCAGGGUCUGUUGAUAAUUAAUACAAAAUAGAAUAACAGGUAUCUAGAGUGAAAGUGAUAUGAAAAUCAUGCGAAGUUUGACAAUUUGAGAUUUGACAUUUGAUCGCCAUUUUGGAUAGGGGUCGGUACGUCUUAUAGCAGAGUUCUUGUAAGAUGUCUCUUGUAAUGCAUGGGCUCUGUCCACUUUAAAGGAGAGCGAACUGCGCAGUGUAGUUUUUCUGAAAACAUGUACAAUGCAAUCUACCUUUGUUAACUAAUAUUUAGAAAAUCAACUUUUCUUGUUGUCCUGUUAAGGAAUCCAAUGGAUAGUUUUGUUUUUUUUUUUAGCCAGACUUUUUCCUACUGUACUUGAAGUACAUGAGGCAAUACUUUUCCUAGUUGUAAUGUUUAUUUUAAGGGGUUGUUAUUAUAUUCUUUGGAGUUUGAUAUGAUCCCUUCCCAUGUUACCCACCCUUUUGCUUUGGAAUUUUUAAGUUCUUACUUAAUGAACACCAACAAUCUUGAGUGAAUGUUGAUGCGCUAUUGGUUUCAGUUGGAGUGAACUUAUGAUUCGACCACAAUUUUUGCGCCCUCUUUCUUAAUUCUUGGGAUCCACCUUAUAAUUCAGUGUAAUUUGUGUGCAAUUCAAAAAAGGGUCUGCAUUUUAUAACUUUUGCCGUUUCCUAGAAAUUACAUUGCCCUCAAAUAGAAAAAUUGGAGGGCAUUAAAGGCCUUUUAUCAACUAGACGCAAUAGACAUUUGUUCAGAGUUUUUCGUUACUUUGUUAGAGUGCUAAAAUUUUUAAGUUUUUACAAAAAACCAACAAUAGUUAGAUGAAGGAGGCUGUAGGUGUUUGUCCUAGUGACAAAGUUUGUGUGGACGCGUGAAAUUUCACUGAAGGUAAACGUGUUUACUUUCGAGUGCAUUUAUACAAUACUAACGUUAUCUAAGCAAAUAUGUUUGUUUGAUUAGUUGAGUGUUUUUAAGUUUUCUCUAUUUUGAUAAUUACGGUUUUCCUCCACUGGAAGUUGGUAGAGAUGAAUCGAGUGCGUGUUUGAUAACUGUAUCAACUUGUGGUUUUUUUCCUUUGGAAUUCGAGUGUGUUGAGAGUCACAUUUUUAGGGCAGAGCUACAAUCACUUCAAUUAUGCUGAUUUCUGAACUGGACAGCCGGACUAUCGAAUGUCACGUUCUGUUGUUCAGAUUGAUCCAAUUUCUUGAUUAUCAGCCAGCAACAGAAAAUGGUCUAUCCUGGUUAAAUACAUCGACGAGGUAACAGCUACUGAAAGAGAGAAGCUCCAUGGCUUCAAUCAAAAUGAUAUAGAGCUAGAAUACUAGUGAUAGCAGAGCUAGAGUAAAGUUUUAUGCCGGAAAAGUGUAUUUGUAAGUAAUUGCACAUUGUUGGAAAUCACAGUUUGAGUUUAAGAGGUGAACGGAGUCAUCGAUUACCAAACAAUUUAAAAUUAUUUUGGAUGUAAUAGAGCAAUUUUCCAUCGAGUGUUGAAAGUAAUCCGGAGUUACCCUGUUUUUGCUUUACUUCGUUCUAUGAUUGGUCAUGAAAACUCUCACCUCUCUCUUAACCAAUCAGAUGCAAGACCAGACUAAAACCAAUCCUGACUUGAUCACCCGCACUUUAGGCAGUUAACUCGUUUUUACUUUGAGUUCUCAUCGGAUCUUAAAAGAUGUUUUCCAUUCCUCUGAUUGGCUGUUGCGAGUACUUUGGUUUUGGUUUUGCGACACUCAAUCGAAGAGUGCUCUAUAAUUUAUCGUAGGUUUUUAUUUUAGUUGUCAGUUAAUCUAAUGAAGAAGUGAUAGAGGCAGAGACAGUAUUAAAUAACGAGAGCAGGAUUUAGUGUGACUGAUAACAACGCUGGCCAAUCGCAAGAAAUUUGUGCAGUUCAACUUUUCAGCCUUAAAGUUUUAACUAUGCAUAUAUUUAACGAAAGUUUUUUUUAGGUAGCAGCUAUUUCCUUAAGGUUGUCCGGAACGAAACAUUUUUUUACCUUCACCUUAGUGGCGUGAAGUCAGAAUAUGCUGUGGAAAGAUUGCGUUUAUUGAGUACUCGUGGUUUGUAACUGCAUGUACUGCUGUUAAGUGCUUACUUUUGUACAUUCUCUGAGAAGAGAGAAAAAAUGGAUUACAUUGAAGUUUUACCACUUGCUCGUUCUUAUUUUUACGGGAACUCCUUAUGAAAGAGCUGCAGUGUUAGUUUUAAUUUGUAACUAGCGCCGGAUAAAGAAAGGUUGAACGAUAUCAACGCUUAUAGCAAACAGGGUUAUCUUAUUUUCAACUCUGCCUUAGUGCCUCUCUACUAAAUGUAAUCAAGAACUUAACAAGCAAUAAACUGACUCGGUGUGUUCAAGUUUCA